AUUCGGAGAAGCAUGGUCAAACUUGACCUCUACAGAAAGUUUACAAAUUCUCUAGCAGUAUCAGUCCUUUUUUCUGUUGCUUGGAUUGGAUAUGAGUUGUACUUUAACGCAAGUGACCCAUUGAGUGAACUGUGGCGAAGAGCCUGGAUCAUCCCAGCUUUCUGGACUAUGCUGGCAUACAUACUUUUGUGGGUGAUCUGCAUUCUCUGGGCUCCUUCAAAUAACCCAACUAGGUAUGCAUACUCAGAGGAGACUGGCGAUGACCUUGAUGAGGAGGGUAUUUCUCUAACUGGCGCCGGAGGAAAGGUGGCUGCAGAAUUAUCAACCAAGAUGGAAAGAAAGGAAAGGAAGGCAUCAAUUGCAGCAGAUCAUUUGUUUGGGCUAGGAGAAGAUCUCGAGGAGGACAAGAGAGAAUGA